CGAAGAUGCCCAUCCAACUGCAACAUUACGCGUCUUCAGUUGCAUCUCACCGCGUCCUCCUAUAUACCGCUCUGUCAAUUGCAGCUGUUUUGGCAGUCGUCGCGAACGCUUUGAAGCGACAUAGCAACUUCUAUUCUGUGGCAGUUUAUCUCUCUAAAAGCAAUGGCACUGUCGUCGUAAUUGCCAACUUCGGUCUACUUCUUGCUUUACUGGCAGGGCGUCUGCUUCAGCAAGUAUUCUUCGGACCGUUGAGACCUAUGGAGGUUGAACGCCUGUAUGACAGAAUGUGGUUCUUUGUAACUGAAUCACUGCUAGCAUUUACCAUAUUCCGGGACGAAUUCGACAUUCCGUUUGCUCUAAUGUUCGGUCUUCUGUUAUUCACAAAAUGCUUCCAUUGGCUCCUGUCGGAUCGGAUAGAAUGGAUGGACCAAAGACCUUAUCCCGGACCGCCUCUACUAUUCCAUAUUCGCAUUCAUGCGCUCGUCGGUCUCCUUUGGGCAACCGAUCUAGUAGUUUUUCUUUUGACAGUUGAGAACAUGCUCACGCAUGGCGUCGGAGGAACAGUAUUAUUUGCUAGUGAAUAUGCAAUUCUACUCGCUGGUUUAGGCAACUCGGUUGCGAAGUAUGUUAUUGCUCUAAUUGAUCUUAGACGUGCAUCUUUGAGGGGCGGAGAAAACGCACCGCCUUGGGAAGAUAAGAGCAUGCUAGUCUUCUAUGUCGAGCUUGCAACUGACUUCCUCAAGCUUGUGACAUAUAUGGCAUUUUUUAUGAUCGUACUCACUUUCUAUGGGCUUCCGUUGAACAUUGUCCGGGAUGUUUACAUUACGGCACGUUCGUUCAUCAUGCGCUUUCGGGAUCUUAUUCGGUAUCGCACGGCAACUCGUAAUAUGGAUGAACGAUACCCGAAUGCUACGGAAGAAGAGCUAAGCAAUAUGAACGACAGAACGUGUAUUAUCUGCCGCGAAGAGAUGGUUCAUCCUACAGUAACUCCGCAGCCAGAGGCUGCCGGGGAACAGGCUCAAACUCCAAGUGUGCAGGACGGUCCGAAUACUACGCCCAAAAAGCUCCCAUGCGGCCACAUUUUUCACUUCUACUGUCUUCGUUCUUGGUUAGAACGCCAACAAAGUUGCCCAACCUGCCGAAGAUCCGUCUUGGAAACCAACCAGCCGACUCAAGCAAAUGGACAACCUGUCCCUCCUCGGGUCCAGCCUGGAGUAGUCCCACAAGCCCCUAAUGCCAUGGGUCCUGGCCAGCCAUUCCAAUGGCAGCCGGAUCAACAAGCCAAUCGUGGAGGCAUCCUUGGUCGACUUAUGGGUGGUGCGGGGCUACCACCCUUUGCCCAUGGACAGUUUCCGCCUAUUCCACCUGCAGGCCAAGUCCAACAACCCAACGGCUAUGCAGCUGUCCAGCAAGGCUUUCAACCGGUAUUCGGUCAGCCUGCAGUUCCCUAUCCUCGACCUCUGGCUGCACAGGGCGAGCGAUUUGCCGGAUUCUUUGCUCCCGAUGGUGUUUGGCAUCCUUGGCCUCAAGUUCCGGGUGACGCCAAUAAUGAGGCACCAAAUGUUCAGCGGAACGAACCGCCCGAAUCUACACAGACGAUUACGGUUCGGCCUGACCCAGAAAACGGAGCAGAAUUGGCUCCGAAUGCAGGUCAGGAAAGCUCCGUCGGUGCAUCUACGGCGCAGAGCACUUCUCCGGCGGCUUCACCUCAAUCAAAUGCACGAGAAGCAGCAGCGGCAGCAGCUUUACGGCGUCUUAACCCUCUAGGCAGCAGUCCACCUAUCCGACGGGGCUCGAUAACGCCAAUCGAUCGGAUGCCUACGCAGUCGGGAACUCAGGCGCCUAACGGAAGUGCCUCGGAAAGUGCGCCGAGCAGCAGCAUUCCAGCAGCGACCUCAAUUCCGAGUAGUACUUCACCAGGAUCAAAUAAUUCCGCUAGAACACAAACCGCCCCUACUCUUAUUCCGCUCUAUGAUCCGCAGAUCUCGUCAUUUUCACUACCCCGCUUUAGGUCGUCCUCGGAGAGGGUUGCCGGACGUGCAGCGCGCAUUGGGUUGGAACGCUUUACGGGACUGGGCAUGCGGCAGAGUGUUCAAGAGCUUCCUCUUACAGUGACGGAGGAGCAGCUGCGGGUGCUCGACCAGCUGACGCGGGAGGCGAUAGACGAGCGCUUACGCAUCCUAGAAAACAUUCAAACGACGACUGCACAUAUUGCAAUGGAUCUUCUUCGAUGUCGAAGCGUGUUACCAAGAAGUAGUUCGAGUUCUACGUUCCCUACACCUUCCUCUUCCACCCAGAAUGCACAAAACUCCGCAGCAGAAGGAGCUCAGAAUUCUUCGGGAGGGACUUCGUCUACAGCAGAACGGGCGCCUACUGAAGAAGGAUCGGGUAAUAGUGAGGCUCAACCUCCUCAGCCCAUUGAAACCGGAGCUUAAUGUUCUACCGCCGGACUGGAGGAAUUAUGCUUGUAUUGUAGAGUACUGCUUACUAUUGAAUCUUCCAUAAAAUUUCAAGCCAUCUAGACCACUACUAUUAUCUACUUUCAAGUAACGCCUGAGCACGUUCUUUGAUUGCCUUACCGUCGACAAGCGCCUUGUCAACUUGUGUAUAGAAGGUCUUAAGUAGAAUGCCCAUUGCUCGUUUUGAGUCUACUCCAGGAUCUAAGAGCUUUUUCUCCUCGGCAAUCUUGCGUAAUAGGUCGUCCGUUUCGGUUUCGGACAUGGACGGAGGGAGGAGUGUUCCCAGGAAGCGGGCCUCGCGCAUUUCAGAUUCUACAAGUUCAUGCCGUGAGGCGACGGCGUAUUUUCCUGCAGCAUCAGCUCGGCGAGCUAUGGCUUUCCUCACAAUGGAUGUUACUUGUGAAUUGGAGAUAGGUCCUGAUGGACUCUUAUCUGCUGAGUAUACUUCUGCCAAAACGGACCGUAAGACCGUCGAAGCAAAAGUAUCUUUAGACUUCAUUGCAUUUUUCAGUUCCGUCGUUAGGCGUUGGCGUUGAUCAUUCUCGCUGCCCGACGUUGUUGCAACGCUUCGUAAACU